AUGAUAAAAAAUGUGUUACGAUUUCAGUGUGUUCAUCGUGAUCUUGCUGCUCGUAAUGUUCUUGUUGGUGAAAAUAAAAUCUGCAAGAUAUCAGAUCUUGGACUUGCAAGGAGAAUCAGAGAGGACGUCUACACCAGAACAAAAGCAGCUCGAUUACCAGUGAAGUGGAUGCCACCUGAGUCACUUUUCCAUGGGGAGUCGUCCAUUGCUAGCGAUGUGUGGUCUUAUGGAGUUGUUUUAUGGGAAAUAUUUACUCUAGGUGAUUCUCCUUAUCCUAAAUACAACGGGAAAGACAUGCCAAGACUGCUGCAGCAAGGCUACAGGAUGCCAAAGCCACUCCAUCUAUCGGAGUCUCUAUACUCGAUGAUGUUAAGAUGCUGGCAAGACAAACCCGAGGACAGACCUUCCUUUACCACGAUAUGUGAUGAAGUCAACCAAUACUAUAACACAACCAAGGAUUAUAUCAACCUUGACGUGUUUGAAGAUGCUUUGUACGUCAACUUCGAUGUCCUUUAAAAAUAAAUGGACGGCUUGCAGAAAGUUUGGCCUCAUGGAGCAUCAUCUCAUUGCACACUCAUGGAAAAUUUGUAGAAUAAUUUUCAAAACACGAAAAUAGCUAGACUGACCUUGACUGCUUUUUCGAUGAGAACUACUCGCCAUCACAAUAACAUCUUGCGAUCCCAGAUUCAGUCGUAAUGAAAUCCUAAUAAGUUUAACAUCACUGUAAUUGCAGCUUUCCUUCUAAGCUGCAAGAAAUUAAACUUAAAGUGUAUACAGUAUAUAGUAUGAUUGAGUAGCAAACUCGAGUUCACGCAUAUGUGACAUACAAAAUUUUUUUACGGUAUUCCGUCAGCUUCAAAUCAAACAUAUCAAAGAUGACAUAUAUAUUAUUUUACGUAUUUGAUAAUACACAAAGGAAAUCUUACCUCUUCAUUAAUUGGUCUCAUGCAUUUCUUCAGUCAUUUCUCACUUUAUCCAAUCAUAACUCUGUUCUCCUUGUAUCUCACGCCUUAACCACAUAUCUAUACAAGUCAUGGGUUUCCUGUGCUACGGAAAUAACAGCAAUGCAUAACAAGCUUCCGGGUAAAUCACCGUACAGUAAGAGCUCGUUUCUUCAUAUAUAACGGAUCCUUACGAAAGCUGAAAGCUAUCGAGGAUAGUGUAGAAUAAUUGCUUUAUGUUAUACAUUCGAUCAAUCUGUUUUGAAAAUCAGAAACAGUCUUGAAAGAAUAAUUUGAGGUAGGUCAAUAUGUCUUGUAAUUAAAUAAAAUCAAACUAAAUACUAACAAAUAGCGGCUAUUUAAUUCUUCUUUAUUGCUUUCUGGUUAAUUGAUACUGACAAUUUGUUUCUAAAUAGCCACUAUUUCUUAGUAUUUAGGUUGAUUUUAUAUCAUAGUUUUCCUGCGUUUGCUAUAGUGAAAUAUCGAAUAAAAGGGUAAAUGAGCCAGUAGUUAACUGAAUGAAUAAAGAGAUACGAUAAAUGUAACUUAUAACUGACUAGUUUCAGAAAUAGCUCAAUAAUGUAAAUGUUUUUUCAGUUGUUUGCUACCAUGGAGUGCAUGCGUACUUCAAGCUUUAUUCUUGUAUUUGUCUUCGUGGCAUGUAGUAAAGCUGGAAAAGAAACUAUUAUUGAAGUGCCGUAUAAGAGUUCACAGUCUAAAUGGAUAUGGGCCUGGACAAGUAAUCGGGUAAAAUGUCAGAAAGUUACACUGAAAUAUUUUAUCGCCACGGUUUUGAUAAAUGAAGUAUUGUCCAAGUAUAGUUACAAAAAUACUUUUUUUCGAAUUUUUCGGAUUGGUUUAAAUAUCCUUAAAGCGCAUCGAAAAAGUAGCUAUCUACCAAAUUUCUGUGCCCUAGUGCCAUUUAUAGCCGAGAUACAAGCGAUGUUAUGGUCGGGUGACCACAUACAAACGCAUGAAAUGGCUUGUAUCUCCGCUAUAAAUGGCACUAAGACACUCAUAUAUAACAAGGAUGCGUUAAAACUGAUGCACUUUCAGAAUAUGGAGGUCAAAUUUGAAAACUCAAAAAUUUUCGUCUUGUGACGUCAUCACUUGAGUACUCUAUUCUUAGCAAAUGCUAACACAAGAGAAUGUCCGACAUCAUUGAGAAAAAAAACAUGUGUAGAAAUUAGAAUUAUCUGAAAAGCUACUUGGUAUUUAAUCAAAUAAAGUAUAAAACAAGAGCUUACUUCCGUUUGAAAUGGGCAGCGGGUUCCUCGGAGAAACAAGUGGUUGCCACAAAAUAAUAAUUAUAAUCAGAAAUAGCAAUUUUUUUCCAGGAAACAAAAACUUUCCACAAAAUGCGUUAUUUGAGAAAUCAAAAUUGUGUAGCACUGUCAAACAAACAGUUACCCAUGCCCACAAAAAAAAAAAUUGGUGUUAAAAAUGGUUAACUCCAUAUUAUACUUAUAAGAAAUAAGGUUAUUAUGAGCUUAUC